AUGGCACAGACCAAUCAAUACAGAAUCACUGAGGACCUAUACCUGUCCUACUCCAUCCCAUUUGGUAAUAACUAUGUCAACUUGUUUGGAAAAGUUGUUACCUCCUAUAUCCAUGCACAGGUUCUACACGUUGGAGCAUUCUUACAUAAGUAUGGGUCGUUGGAUCGCCUAGCAAACUUUGGCCUAGAGAAUAGACACAAGGUCGUCAAAGAGAUCGUGGAUGGAUCCAAUCAUCGCUUCACUCCAGAGUUUAUGCAAUCAUUGUUGAUAGACUCGUACCUGUCGGGAGGAAUGGUACCAAACAUAGACGCGAUCAGUGCAACCAUAGAGGGUGAUCGUCCAACCAUUCAACCAUUGAAGAGGGCCAAGUCCAACGAUGCCUCAAAACAAUCUCCAAGGAAAUGGUACAACCAGUUGGCAGAGUCCACCAUCACUAUAUACGACUCUGAGUUCGCUUCCAUCCAAGCCAACACACCGCUGUCGGUGAUAUCUAAGAAAUAUUUGUCCAAUGUACUCCAAAAUUAUAAAUUAAAUAAAUAA